CUGGUCUAGAGCAAAGCUUUUUCCUAUAAAGUAAGUGCUUAGUCUAUUUUGAAAUAAUAUAACAAUAAGGUGUACUCAUUUACAGAUGUGCGACCAUAGUAUAGAUUUAAUAAACUUGCAGGCCAUCUCAUUUCUCCAUCUACAUCUCUCAACACGGGCUUCAAAGACUGGCAUACAUUAAUCCAAAGCAGCAAAAACAGAAAAACAAAGAUAGCAAAUGGGUAAGGGAGGAAAGACUGAUGGAGGUGAUGGCUUUGGAGAUGCAAGCAGAGAUGGUGUUGAACAAGAGAACAUGGCUGCUUGGCUUCUUGGUGUUAACACCCUCAAAAUCCAACCUUUCAAGCUCCCUAAUCUCGGUACCAAUUUGUUCUUUUUCUGGAUCCUGGGCACACUGCCUUGGUCAAUUGACAUAACCCAACCCACGUCUCCAUUAUAUCUAAUUAAAUUGGUAAAUAUGUACUGUUUUGAUUGUUGUUUGUUCCUAUUUCAGAACAUGAGAUGUGCAGAUUUUGUGGUGAAAGAGCCAAUGGUAAUUGGGCAUGAGUGUGCUGGGAUCGUUGAGGAAGUUGGGAGUGAGGUGAAGCAUCUGGUGCCUGGUGACCGCGUGGCACUAGAGCCCGGCAUCAAUUGCAAGCGAUGUGAGCUAUGCAAACAAGGCCGAUAUAAUCUAUGCCCUGAGAUGAAGUUUUUCGGGUCCCCUCCAACUCAUGGUUGCCUGGCAAAUCAGGUUGUCCAUCCUGGAGACCUGUGUUUUAAACUACCAAACAAUGUGAGCUUGGAGGAGGGGGCAAUGUGUGAGCCCUUAAGUGUUGGUGUUCAUGCUUGUCGUCGGGCUAAUGUCGGUCCAGAAUCAAAUGUUUUGGUCAUGGGAGCAGGACCUAUAGGACUUGUUACACUGUUGGCUGCUCGUGCCUUUGAAGCAUCUAGAAUUGUCGUGGCGGAUGUGAAUGACCACCGUUUAUCCGUUGCAAAGGCUCUUGGUGCACAUGAGAUCGUCAAAGUUUCCACAAAUAUCGAGGAGGUUGCUGAAGAAGUGGCUAAGAUAAAAGAAGCUAUGGGAACUCGAGUGGAUGUAAGCUUCGAUUGUGCAGGGUUUAAUAAAACCAUGGCGACAGCUCUGAGUGCUACUGGUUCCGGUGGCAAAGUUUGCCUUGUGGGAAUGGGCCAGAGAGAGCUGACUCUCCCACUCACUCCAGCUACUGCCAGAGAGGUGGAUGUGAUUGGAAUUUUCCGAUACAAAAACACAUGGCCCUUGUGCCUCGAAUUGUUGAGAAGUGGUAAGGUUGAUGUGAAGCCCCUGAUAACACAUCGUUUUGGAUUCUCUCAAAAGGAAGUGGAAAAAGCAUUUGAAACCAGUGCUGGUGGAGCCAAUGCCAUUAAGGUCAUGUUUAAUCUGUAAAAUUGGCUCAAGGAAAUGGAGCCAAUCUUUGAUGAAAUUUUUGUUGUGCUUUGUUUGCCCAAUAAUUGGGGUUUUUUUGGUUGGGUGUUGUACAUAUAAUUAGCCCAUUUUAAACCCAUCUAGUCGGGUACAAGUUUCUGUUGUAAAAAAAACAACUAUUGAAAGGAAUAAGGAGAUUGACCGAAAAUAAAAAGAACAUGUUCUUA